ACCUGUCUGUGGCAGGGGGGUUGGAAUUGGGUGAUUCUUAGUGUCCCUUCCAACCCAAGCCAUUCUAUGACUCUGUUUUAUCUCUCCCUGAGCAUCUCUAGCACUGGGGUGUCACUGCUGUAACACGACCUGCCUGUUCAGGCUGGUGUUCUGCUGUUCCUCACCAAGUCAUUGUUACAUUAGUUGUAUCAAAUCACUGUUUACUGCCUCUCAUUGUCUUUGCACAUCUUCACUUCCAGCAAAACUUAAAACAAAAGAACCUAAACCAACCCUUUUCUAACAUCUGUUGGCUCUCCAAUGAGCCAUGGUCUCUGCAACCAUUUCCUUGUAGCCCAAAUGUUUGGCAUGUCUCUGACCCCUCACAACGCAGCCCUGCCACGGGGUGGGUGCUUUCCUGUGGUGGUGGACCUUCCCUGACCACUGCCCAGCUCCAUUCUGCACCUGGGUGGGAGGGCUCACUGUGGGUUGGCUGCUGGGUAGGGGGGGCAGCUGACAUUGUUGUGGGCCCUGGAGAGAAGUGAACUCGAUGUAUUGAGUGGGAGGGUGGUCCCUCGGGGGCUUUGUGAGGAGACCCUACGUGGGGACCUGUGGUACUCCAGUGCAGGCAUCUGGGUGCUCAGAGGGUGAGUGAGAAGUGAGCUGAGCCACUUUGCCAGGCAUGAAGCAGCCUGUUAAAAAGCUGAUGCUGUCAUCAUCCUUAUGAUGGGUCAUAAGGAACUACUACAUAAGGAACAUCUGUUGAACUUAUGGUGAAAUGCAUUAAAUUCCACUGGAUUGGCAUCUGCUCCGUGUGCUGCUGGGCUGAUCCUGGCUCCUGGGGUCCUGCACGCACUGCUGGGGAGCCAGGCUUUGCUGCUGUGCAGGCGGAAUAGCAGAGCUGCUGCCCUGAAACAUCAGUUCUGUUGAUGAAGCUCCUUGUUGCUAACUGUAAUGACGUGGAGCAGCAGCAGAGGACGCACGAGCUCGCUCCUGUCCUUGUCCGAGGCUUUGAGAUGCAGGAUGGGGAGAGAAGCUGUGCAGUUUCCCUGCCUACACCUCUUCGUGUUCCUCAACGAAGUUUUGCAGUACAAUCCUACCCUAUGAGAACGAACUGCAGCGUUUCCUUUCAUAGGUACGAAGGAUUUUUUCUGGCCACAAUUUAUACAUGCAAAACCUAUGGGAACAUGUAUGUGCAUCUAUCUAUUGUUUGUGUAGCUAUAUGUACAUACAGUGGUAUUUGGUAAUGUUCUCUGGUACUUAUUAGCAUCUUAAAUUUAGCACUUCUAUAUUACUUAUUGAUUUUCAAGGCAUUCUACCCUGUACCCACAGCAGAUCAGCAGCUCUGGGUGAAAGGUUUAAAUGGCAUUGCCACGGACAAGUCCACGAGCAAGAAAGACAGUGGAACAGCACUGCUUGAGACUUUGUCACUUGCUUGAUUUGGGUGAAUGACAAGAAGAUGGAUGUGUUCAUAAAGAUUUCAAUUUUCCUGGAUGUGAGAUGCAGCCCAGUGUUUGUUAGCUUUCCCUAGGUGCCAAAACGGUUGAUUCUAGAAUUGCUGAACUUCAGCUACUUGUUGGUUGGAAAUCUUUUUAUAGAGCACUCAGCAAAAGCCAAAUAUUCAGCUCUUCUCUUUCUUUCAGUUUUUAACAGGGCUUUACUCCUGGGGGCUAUUACUAGGGCUUGCUAUUACAUAACGAUGCACAAUCUAACUACCUGAACAAUCUUUUAGCUAAACAGUAAGAUUUACCCUGUACAAGUGUGCUGAUAAUUCCCUUCAUUCUCUUUUCUGGUCAGAACUGGUUCAGGUUCUACAGAGGGUGCAUUUCUUCCUCAACAUUUGAGGCCGAAAUAGGCAAGGCUGUGAAAACUCCAAUUGACACGUAUGUGAAUGUCAUGUAUAUAUGCAUGAAGAUUUGGGUAUUUUAGGGUUGUCCCCCCUCAAAAUAGCAUAAUUCUGCACAGAGAAAGCAGUUAGAAGUCCUUGUCCUUUUGUGGCAGAGGUGUGAAUGACAGAAUGAGUUCGUCCAGUGCUCCAUCCUGGGCUUCCUGGGGUAAGAAAAGGAUAAUUUUUCUAUGGGGACCAUACCGUACUUUGUGCUGUUGUCCUUUUGUGGAAUGUAUUGUUGCUUUUCCGUUUGUUUUGGGUUUGAUAGAGGUUAUGUAGUUUAUCUUGCAGUCUAUCCAUAGAUUUUUCAGUAUACUUUUCCUGUUUUUUGUAGGAUGUUUUGUCUAUCAGCACUGCUGAAACCAGCAUCACUACCAAUUAUGUGGUCUAUGUCAUAGACUUCUGCGAGUGAACCAGUGAAAUAGCUUUUUGUUUUGUAAAUCCUGUCCUUUGGAAUGCAAAAAAGGGUUUUCUGACCACACAGAACUGCCUUGUAUUCCCACAGUCCCAGAGCUGAAUUUGAGGACUCUAGCUCACUCAAGACAGAUUUGCAUUGUCUUCAGCUGUUCAGUAGAGUUACAAACCGCACUGGCAUCUCAGUGGGCUGCUUUUGGUCAUCUGCAUUCAUGCUGGCACCGUCCACGUGAGGUGUCACCGGGUCUCCGUGCAUAUUGUAAAUAGCUGGUGUGCCGAAUGGGUGUUCCGAACACACAGCAUGCAGGUGAUGGAAAUUAGGAAGAUUGCUGUAGUCUGCUGCAGAUCCUGUCUUGCUAUGCGUGAGCUGUGAGCAAAUUACACACAGGAAUCUCACUAAUCGCAUUAGAAUUGGAGCGUUUUGAGAGAGUUCUGAGCGUUUCGUUCUGUAUAUAGCUUGGAGCGCUGCUUUAUAAAUAGUGCUAUGCUUUGGUUUGCAAACAGAUGGCUAAGUAGCCAAAGCUUAGCUAGUCAAGCAGGGAUGGUUUGCUGCUUAAAAGCAGUGUGACUGCAGGGAAUGAAGUAAGAGCUGGUUUGGCAGGACUUAAGAUGUUGAACAUCAGAUCUGCUUUACUCUGUAACAGAUAAAAAGUGAAGCUGUUCUCUGCUCACAGUAACAUCAGUCUGAGCAUCAAAAACUAAUUUGCAGCAGUAGAAAAGAGGAGCAGGACAUAUGCGUGCUGGGUUUCGUUUCCAUUUGUGUGACAGAACUCUUGAAAAGUGAGGCUGUGCCCUUCAGAAUUAAAAUAACCAUGAAGAGUUCUCCAAGAACUGUUGCAUGCUACUUCUGACUAGGAAAAUAAAGUCAGGAAGCACAGACAGGAAAUGCAGGAAUUCUUGGCUAUCUUGGUUCUUUUGCUUUAGAAACAUAUAUGUGUUUAUAUGCUUUUACCCAUUAGUAGGAAGUCGAGAGAUACAGUUCAUGAUCUUAUUAUUAAGAACUUCCCUGUGAACCUAAAGAAUCUCUCAGGAGAAAAUAGAACGCUGCUUGAGAACUGAGCAGGGCAGAAAAGAGCUUCGAAAUGAGAGUAAGGCUCUCAAACAUUCCUUCAGAUGUUGCAAGCAGCUGGAUUUUUCACAUCACAGGCAAUUUUGUUGUGAAGGUGGUAAGAUCCAGGCAAGACAGAUGUUCUUUUCCUCCCAGCCCCAUUCUGUGGUCAGGAACUGCUGAAGUGCUGCUCUAGCACCUUCCCUGCUGCUGAGGCUUCUGAUUCCUCUACUGGCCAAACUGUUUCUCAGUCAGUAGAGCUAUGGAAAUCUUUUUGCCAGCUGCAGAAGUCUACACAGCUGUUACUCUCUCUGGUCCCCCUCAUGAAACUUGGCAAGCCCCUUUCUCAGGGAGCAGACAGAGCAUAGCUGUGUUUGGGUGCUCAACUUCGUGCAUGUGUUGCAUUCACACGUGUGUGUUUGGGCACUCAACUUCUAAAAGCAUCAUUUACUCCAAAACUUCCUUCGCAUUCUAUGAUUAUUUCAGCUCUACAUUCAGUUUCCAAUUAAUUCAGGUGCUGGGAAGGAGAGUGUGUGUUUUGUGAACUUGUGCAGAGAGAUACCAACUAAAUCUGAUACCAUCUCAAUGUCAAAUCUGUUUGAGGUGUCUUGAAAGCUUUUUCUUGCUGUCUGCUACUCAGUGUGGUCAUUCCUAUGAGUUCCUAUUUCAACCAGCAAGCUAAGUGUCCAUUGACAAUACCAUGCCAGAGAUAAAGACUUCAGAACUCUCUCUUUCUAGCAGGUCCCUGAGAUGAGAACUGAGAAGAAUGGAAGGCUAGAAGAAUGCAGUGAGAGAUGAUGGAGUGGCUAGGAAGCAGUAUUUGCUUUGAGAGGCAACAGUUGGUGCUGAUGGAAUGACCCAUGUUGGUCAUCAGAGUGCAUGUUCAAAAAAUGUGGGCUUUUCUGUUCUCUUCUCAUUCCUGACUUAAAUUCUUAUGCUGCCUGAGAUGUUUUGAACAUCCUUUUGUGAAAUGCCUUCAAGAAACUGGUCGCUUUUUGACUAAACAAUAGAACCACCACCUUUGGGUGCUGGGAUGGAAACUGAACGCUCACUAAUUGUUACCACUGUUUGCCCACAAGGCUGUGUGUUAAUCAAGGUGAGACUGAGUGAUUUCCCACGUAUAGUGAUCACUUACAAACUGCCUUAACUUCUCUCCUGUAAGCUUGUUCCCGUAGUAGCAUGCUGACCAAAACAGCAGGGUGUUUUUUGGAGGCAUUGUGUGGGUGGCAAUGUCUUCUUGCAGCUGAAGAAAUAUUUGAAUUCCCAGGUGGAGCAUCUUUCCUUUAAGAAACUUGAGCCUUCAAAAUUAAGGCUUGUUUUGUUACCAAUGACUUUUGCUAGCUUCCAGCUUCCUGUUUUCCAGCUGGGGCACUGUUGUGUAUUACAUAGACACAGUCCAAUGCCUAAGGCAUUUACGGACCUACUAUAAAGCCACUAAAAAGGGGGGUUAGUAGGUUUUUGUAUAAUUACUGCUUUCCACAGUUUGUUAACCUGAGAUUUCAACAUUUUGUUGAGCAAUUAAAUCUCCAGUUUCUGAAUGUGCAAGCAUCAGUAUCCUCCUAAAAUAGAAGAAAUGGAGGUGGGAGUUAGUUAGGCAGUCUCUCCAGUUUCUCCACGUGGAAAACGAAUAAGAUGAAGCAGAGAGGAGCAUGACAUUUAUGCUUUGGAUUUAAAGCAAUGAUCACCAAAUAGCAUCACCAAAUAAGCAUUUCUUAACAAUUUUAAGUAAUUUGAAGUAUCUGUUUGAUGACUUUUAUGGGGAAAAAAAAUAUGUAGAGAGACUACAAUGCUUCUGUAUAGAAAGGAGACCAGAAUUUAAAAAAAAAAUCGCUAGGAUGUUCAAGUUUAAUCAUAGAAUGGCUUGGACUGGAAGGGACUCCAAGGAUCAUGAAUCUCCAAGAAGGAAGAUUUUGUGUUGUCCUCUUUCUGAUGAACAGAGGGUUUUGUAGUUUAGCAACUGUAGUGAUAGCUACAGUCGGCUGUCAUAGGGCUGCUUUGGUUUUGUGAGGCAGAAAUUGGGUUAGAUGAAUUUGAUCGAAUUUAGGGACUUAAAACACCUGUAGUUAAUAGUGUAAAAAAGGUUUGUACAGAAGCAAACUAAAAAGAAAAGGGAAAAUAUAUAAGUGAAUUAAAUAGUAAUUAGCUUAGUUGUGGAAGAGGUAAUAAAACAUCCACGAGUAUAACUAUAUCUAUAUUUUUAGUUGACCUCAGAACAAUUUUGAAAAUCAGAUAGGCAUUAUUGCCAACACUAUACUUAAACAUAGAUGAGAUUCUAUGUUAAUUCAGUCAUUAGAAUUUUGAAUUUCUUACGUAAAGAUUGCUUGGAUAAUUGUCUUUGAUGGUAAGAGAUCUUGUAGAGCUUCAUGCCCUGGAUUCCAGCGGUGAGCUGACAUCUCUUGGAAGAAUCCCAGCCAGCCUUCCCAUUGAACCACUUGGCAAGAUGAUGACAAUGGGAUGUAGUUUUCGUAAGUUUAAUGGCUUUCCAGUCUUCUGUUCUCUGUCAACAGAAUGUUUGAUGACUCAACCACUUAACAGCACUGGACCAGAUAAUAAUCUGGAUGUUGUAAUAUCCUUGCUUGCUUUUGGGGUCUACCCCAAUGUCUGCUAUCACAAGGAGGAAAGGAAAAUUCGUACUGCUGAGGGGCAUUACGUGCUCAGCCACACAUCACAGACAGCAGACAGGACAGGAAGUGUCAGUCGCCUUUCUUCAUGUUUGGAGAAUCUUGGUUUGAUGCUUGGGAUUUCCACAGGUGUAAUUCAGAACUGUGGUGAGGCUUCGCUUCUGCUCCAGCUUAGCCAGAACUUCAGUUUGCUUCUGCCAUCUGAUCAAACUGAGAGCCCCCCGCAGCGUGGCUGCCUGUGUGCUGUGAUGGAAGUGCUCACAGUGAAAGCAGCUAAAAACCUGGAGAUCAUUUGGCAGCUGGACCCACCAGAUGAGCAAAUGUGGAAUGUGAUCUAUCAGAUCCCCAGGCCGCCAGCAGCAGGCAUCAAGCUCAUGGCUGCCAAUGGAAGCCACACCUUGUUUGUGUCACCACUUUUUGGCAGUGCAUCCACUUGUGAACAACUGUAGUCAAGAUUGAAGCUCAAUCACACGCUAAUUCUGAGAGUUUCUAUCGCCUUGUUCAAACUCUUCCUUUUUAAAGAAAACAAAACAAAACAAAAAAAGGUAAAGUAAAAGAUAAAUUCAGAACCAUAUUUUGCCAGAUAUGAGACCAUAUAACAUGCAACCCGAACAAGGGUAUAUGUGCAAGUGAAUUAGAUCCAUGUUCACAGGCUUUGUGUUGGCAAGGUGUGAUUUACCAAAGCGUGAUUUGAAAGUUUGUUGCUGCUAAUUUCUGUCUGAUUCAACCUGUCACCUUAUGGCAGUGCCACGUACAGUGCUGACACUCUUUUGAGAAACAGAAGAAAAAUCACACCAAGAGACGUUGAGGGGAGAGGGCCCACCUACUGUAGAGGCCAUUAUUGACUGAUUUUUAUGCUGAAUUAAGGUAUGUUUGGUUAAACUGAUUUUUCACUGAAUUUCUUUUAUACUGCAUUCCAGUUUGCACAGCAUUUUUCCCUUGGUAGUAACUGAUGAACUAUAGUCUGCUGCUUAUUUUCACACUGAAAGUUUUUAAUCCAAGUAAACUUUUUCUUUCCUAGCCUUGACUAAGGAUCACUGGUUAGGACUGUGUUAGAGCUGCAGUUCAUAAAGAUGGAUGUAAAUUAUAACAGACUGCAAUGCAAAAAAACAAAAAACAAAACAAAACAAAACAAAAAAACAGAUCUAAUCAUAAGGUCUUCAUUAACCUGGCUGUAAGACGACAGCCACGUAUUUUCCCAGGAAAAUGACCUUGUGGCAUCCACAGUAACAGCUUCCUAAAGCCAUGCUUGAGUUACCAAGUUGCUGAGGUGGAGCACCCACAGGAAAAUCUCUCAUCUGUAUGGAAAAGAAUGAGCACCACUUCAUAGAUCUGAGCAUGCUAAAAAAAAGGAAAAAAAAAAAAGUUUUUUUUAUAUUUCAGGACAACUUAAAAAUUGCCUGCACCAUCAUUUUCCUUAGCUCUUUGCAAAGGCUGCUAACUCUUUUCAGAUUCCAGCGCUGCAUUUUGGAAGAGGAAUUCCAAGUUUUCCUCCCACUCUUCUAUCUGAAAAACAACAACGACAACAAAAAAAUAUUCAUGAAGGUUAUGCUGGAAAAUAGAUGAAGAAUUGCAAUUUUUCCCAAGAACAACUGAGCUCCUGACCCGUAGUCAGCGGCUGCUGUGUAAUUACCCAUCAUUUCUCUUCCCUUCUCCUAAAGGAAUUGAUUACUCAGUGUAGACAACUUUCGUAUUUUUGUUUUGUUUUGGCAGUGGGGUAAGGAGAGUAAGAGUUGUCCCAACUGCGUCAGCACUCUUUCCAAUGAAAGAAAUUGAAAGAAACACAUUGCAAGAAGAAGGAAAUUCUCAGCCACCACUUAAGAAUAGUUUAAGAAGAGCUUAAAGAAUAACUACAUGUUUGGUCAUGUAGCUCCAUGCCAACCAAUGCUGUGAGGGUAGUCGUUGCCCCCAAAUUCCCAGCUAGGGUGGAGAACAAAAAGCUGAAAGUCUAAUACUGCCUAUGUAAAAGGAAUACAUAGUGGUACCUAGGAGUUUAAGGAGGCUUCUACUGAAGAGUAAAAGAUAAUUAUAAUGGAAAUGCUAAGUCAUGGCAUGAAGCAAUGAUGGAGCACCUGAUGGGAAGGCGGGGCCAACCCAGGGGAGCUCAGGUGCAUGCAAUGAUCCACCCCUUCCCUGACCUCUUUUAAGGGCUGGCAGUGGAGGUGAGGGCAUCUUGCUGGAGAUCCCUACCUACCUGAGGCCUUCUGAAGGUAAGCAGCUUCUUUCCUUUAUUUCUGUGCCCAUAGUCGUUGCAUUUGAGCAAAUCCUCGCUUACUGUAGCCUAGGAGUUUGCUGCUCUGCUAUCAUUGCUGUGCUUUCCAUUGUGUUUCAAUAACUCAAUUUUUUUUUUUUUUUGAAAUAUUCUUUAUUGUGAAGCAUCUUAAAACAUAAUUCCUCUUUGAACUGAUUACCUGUUUGCACACUGUUAGUACUGAUAAUUCCCGAGCAAUACCAUUUUAGUUGGUUAUUCUUUUUGACUUCAGUUGCUCAAACUGACUGCUUGCUAUAUUCACUGAAGUUAGACAUUUAAGAUUCUGGGCUCUGCCUCAACAUCAACCCAAGCCCAAGAUUCUGGACUCCUUGAAAACAAGUUCUGACUUACAAACUAUGCUCUUCUACUGUAGCUGCUUUUAUAAUAUUUUUUUGACAAAUUAAUACAGACAAUGCUGGAAAUAUAGAUGUGAUAACAAGUUUCUCCCUUUCCAUCACAUCUACCAAGAGGCAAUGACUCUGUAAGGCAUCGUUACCCUGACAGCAGAUAUGCAGUUCAUCUACAAUCUCUGAGGUUACUGCAGAUACAGAGGUGGAUUUAUUGUAGUUGUAUUAAGUUGCAAUUGUAUGCAUUUUUAGUAGCUCUCUCCAUUCAGUGAACUAAGAAAUCACAGAAUCACCAAGGUUGGGAAAGACCUACAAGAUCAUCCAGUCCAACCAUCUGCCUAUGACCAAUGAUGUUCUUGAAGACUCUCCUACUUGUAAUUUAUAGUUACCCUUCACUUUUACUAGCCUUAUAAAUUCUGGGAUUUGGUGGCAAGAAAGAAUUUGAAGAUUUAAGAUCCUCUGAAGCCCAUACAUAGUGUGGGAACUGUAUGAGCACAACCUACAGAGCAGAAAACUGCUACAAAAAUGUCCCGAUGCUAUCAUACUUUCCACCACAAAAUUAUCAGCGUUAAUUUUUUUUUAUAGCCUUUGAGUGACUCAGAAAUCUGGCAGUGUCUGAAGUGUGAGCUUUGCUCAUGCAUCUGUAGUGGGUGGAAGGGCAGAGUUAAGAGACUUCUAGUCCAGUAGAAAAGUUCUCUGGAAACAAAUUUAAGGAACUGGGAUGGAAGAAAGAGUCCAUCAUUACCAAGUGAUCAGACCUCCAAAAUCUCAGGACAGCCAUAUGUAAAAGUUAGAAUUAAAACGUAUGUUAUCUGUUAAAUACAGGGAUAACUUAUGAGAAGAAGCGAAUGUGUGUGUUUUUACUCUUCCAUACCACAUACCAAAUAGGACACGUUGCCCAACAAAGUUGUCUGCUCUCCCUGUUAAAAUACAAAUUUCUAGCCAUAUCAAGUCGUAAUGAAGGGAUUUAUGUGCUUAUUUUCAUGAGGAACAAAGAUUUUUUUUCCCCCUGACCCUACCAGAUGUCCCGUGUACUCUCAAAAAUUAGAUUUAAUCCAGUUUCACAUGUGAAAUGUACAUAUUCUACAUCUUGUGCUUUGUGUAAGGCAUCUGCGUGUUAGCUGGUGGAUACGUGAUGAAAGCUGCAGUUUCAAAGUAGUUAGCAGCUUCUAAACAACCUGGAAAAUGAUCUCCAGAUUUCUCAAACAAAACAAAUUGUUAAUUUUUUUUUUUUUUUCAUUGAGUAAUUUUGGCUUUAAUUCUUAAUUCUAAAGUGAUGAUAUGGGAUAUGUGUCCCACAUGCACCUCCGUGGAGACAUAAAGCUGCUGGAGGUGGGAACCUGUAACACACUGCGAAACGCACCAAUGGAAGCAGAAGAGUUGGGCUGCUAAACUUGUAAGUGGAAAACCAAUCACAGCAGUGAAUCCAGUCUGAUUCUCUUGCAAGGAGAAGACAAAGCAGGAGAUUUCCAGUAGGUCUCUGACUCUGGUGCAACAUUAGCUUGUUAGGUAAUUAUCAUCUCAUAUAACGGUGCCGUCCUUAUCAACAACAAAUGUAAAAAAAAAAAUCCACCCUGCUUGAAUUUUGUGUAUGAAAGGCAAAAGGUUUUUUUCAAGACACAGGAUUUUAAGCCUUUUUCAAGUCCCAUUUGAACGACCAGUCCCAUCACUAGAACAAUCCCAAGGAAAUCAACUCUGCCUUCCUCAUUCUCCUGUUUGUAACCUGAAUCUGGAGGAGCCAGGACAGCUUCAGACAGCUCACUGACACACACACACACACACACACACACACACACACACACACACACACACACACCCACCCACACCCUUCCCCCCAAACCAUUUGGGUCAGUUGGGACAACAGAUGAGCAGUAGCACCGGUGUUUAUUGUAUGACCUUUUACAGCUGCCAUAAAAUGGCUCAUCCUUCUCCCCCAGGGCUGAUGCAGACAUUUAGUUUAGUUUAGUUUUAGUGGUGCUGGCAGGCUGCUUGCAUGAGUAGCCAGAAGCUCUGCAAUAGUCUUGGACCAGAGCAUGGCUUAGAUCAUAACUGGGCAAAGCAACAGUCUACCACGAAGGAACAGGAAGAGAAGAAAGGAAAAAUAAUACUGCACAUCAUCUGUAGCAGCCAGUGUUCUUGCAUGGGUGCACACUUGGCCGCACCAGCCUGUGCUAACAGAAGCUGGAUGGCUCUACCGUGCUGAUAGAGAAUGGGCAAGUGUGAUGGAACAGCCAGUGGGGUAAGCUACGUGGCCAAAAAAGCACAGGCCAAAAGCAGACAGCAGUGCAGUGCCAGUGUCAUUAUCUGCAUCCUGCACAGAUCCUUCCCAUGGCUGAGAGAACAGUGCCUGUCAAAGAGCUACUACAGGACGUCCAACUUUGUCAGGCAGUGCCUUUAGGAUGCAGCCAGUCCUGUGAGCACCUCGAUGUGACACCCCUGUGCUGGGAAGCAGGUGGCACUGUGAAUCAGUUGCCACAGAGGUUUGCUUCUAAAGGGCUUUCUUUGCUUUCUGUAGGAGCUUCUGUGUUUGUGUGCUUACAGCCCAAUAGAUCACAAAGCAGCUGGCGCCCAUGGGAGAACAUGAAUGUCAGGGAGACAUGGAAGGAGCAACAUACAUUGUUCUUGUUUUACUGUAAAUUAGCACAAAUCUUGCAGAGAGAUGUUCCUUUGCAAAUAUGAAUAACUGCUAAAAGUCAGCAUCGGUCAGUGGAAGAGUUGGAGCAGAACUAAAGCUUUCACAGCACUUUGUUCCCAGCUCUUGGAAUGAAGAGUGCCUUGACCAGCAACAACUGUCUCAGUAACACUAGACAUACCAGUAGAGCUGGAAGAGGCAAUCUUGUGUUGGGCUGAAAGCAGAAAGUUAUUGCAUUCGUGUUUGCUUGGAAGCAGAUCCUGCAUGCUCGCUCUUGGCAAGAACACAAUAAUAUUUCAGUGAUCUGAAAGCUGUUUGCACAUAUGAUACUUUAAUGCUAUCAACAAGAAAGACUUAGAGAUGAAAUGCACUGUACAAAUGAUUGCUCUCUGCUGAGAGUUGUGUGCACUGUCUUCGUCGCUCUGCAUGCCCAGGUGGCAUCACCUACUCUGCUGUUAAGAGGCUUUGCAAUUUGUGAAGUAAGUUAUGAUACAUAAGGUGAGAAAAACAAAGUCAAGUCAUUAUGAGAAAAGUAUUCUGACAAAUUACAGGCUGGCAUUUUGUAAUCUUUAUUCAAAGAAUGAGGCAUAAAAAAUGAAGCAGACAGAUAAGUGUGAAAGAACUGUCGUGCUUUCAAAGCCUGAAGAGUUUGAGAUUACUCUUUCUUCCCUCACUCAUGACAAAGUUCAAAACUAUUAUUGAAGCUUAGAAAAAUAGUUUUACCUUGUAGUCUUCCAGACUGUAUUUGCUUGACAAAAGUUCCAAAGAAUGUAGUUGUCACAUCAGCUCACAGGCCAGAGAAACUUCUUAGCAACAAAGAUGUGGAUUUGCUCAAAAUACAUUUUCAGUUUCAUUGCACUUUAGAUUGAAGUUUUUUUGUGUGUGAUUACCAAAAUAAAGCGAGUUUCUCAAUAGUUCUGCCAUGGGUACAGCUCCUCAGCUCCAUCUGUGAAUGAUAAAAUGGUGCAAAAGAUGUUGCAUACUUCACAACUUCCAAGGCCUUGGAAUUCAACCCAGCAUCAUCCAGUUCUUCACCAGGGUUGUCUUCCAGCGAAGCUAUGCAAUGGCCCCAUUCCUCCAAGGUGUUACCAAGCAGUUCUCUAGGAAAUUUUCAAAAUAAGAAGAGAAUGGUUCAGCAAAGAUGGGGAGGCUCUGAGCUGAGACCUGAGGUUGCUUGCAAGGAGCCCAAUUUAGACAAAGGCCACAUGUCAAAGUGCAUCUCUGCAUUACUGUCGUCACACACACAAAGAACUACAGAGACAGACGUUGUUGUCUGAUCUUGUGAUUCAAUUCCACACGAUAUUCAAGUAGAAAAAUGGUAUUUGUGAAAAUAGCAUCUUCAUAUCUUGCAAUUCUUUCCAGGCAGAGUAUUUUUGAAUCUAUGAGCAAUAUAUGUUAAAAAUAGUGGCUGCAUCAGGUAGCUAUAGUAACCAACAUCUACAAAUAAGCGACAGAAGAGUAUGUAAGCUGUCCCAAGUGAUAGUGCCUGAAUUUACAUUUUACCAGACGAUGAUUUCACUCAUUGCACGUGACUCAUCAAAGCUGUCUAAACAAUACAAGUAGCUUGUCUAGCUUUCCCAUGCUAUAUACCUUAUUCUGAGUUGCUUCCAGCUUCCAUGAGCCUCCAGUUUUCAGAUCAAAGCUUGCCAGGUUCAUUCUCUACAAAGUUGACCUUAAACUCUGAAUGGGGGCUCUACGAAAGGUGAAAGGAAGAGGAGUUACUGUAGAUGUAAAUAUGGGUGUGGUUGUUGGUAUUUUAAAAAACUAUUUAUUUAUUAUUUUUCCUCAGCUUCUUCCAAGUAAGUGAUUUUGGUCAGAAAGAGCAAGUUUAUGAAAACCUGCACAGCUGGUUGUGUAGGAAGCUGUCCCCAGAGAGAACUUUCCAAGUUUCCCCAAGUUUUUUCCAAGUUUCCCCAUAAAUAACCAAGAUUUAAACACGUUGGCUGACAAGACAUACGUGUAUAAAGACAUUUAUAUGACUUCUGCAUACAGUAGUAAAAAGAUGACUUUUAAAAUAUACCCAGUUCUCAUGUCCAGUAUUCUCCUAGCAUUAAAAAUUUUGGAGAGAUCUCGAAGUGGUCAUAAAAUAUCUGCAGGUAAAAGUAGGGCUAACGAGAACCCUUCAGCCUAGUUAACUUAUCCAAAAGAAGGCCAGGAACUUAAACUUCAGCUGAAAGUGUUUACAGAAGUCGUAAAAGAGGAUGUUCAUUUUCUUCCUAAGUAAAAAAAAUAUAUAUAUAUAAUCUCUAAUCACAACAUACUUUGCUUAGUAACGCUCAUCCCUCGGAAAGAUAUCUUCCUUCCCAGAGAGAGGCCAUUGGAGAAAUUCUGCUAUAUUAAAUAAGUGAGCUAGAUAACUUACCUACAUAUUCUACCACAAGUUAUCAUGGAUCAUCAAAGUAGACAUCAUCGUGGAUACCGUCAUGGACACACAAGAUGGCCAGGGAAUUUACUUCUCAUUGAAGAUGUAAUUAAACCUUUGGAAUUAAAGCCUGCCUCCUGGCUGCUCUGGGACUGCACAGACCUGACAAGCACACUUAUGGUAAUCAUUCUUCCAACCAGACAUUUGCUGCAGAUUUUAAGGUACUUGAGCUUCAGAGAACGUGAAAAAUGUGCAAAAUGUGAGAAGUGAUCUACAGCUACAGAAAGGAUGACGUGCUUGGAAGAGUCAUCAUGGCACUACGGACAGCAGACAGACAGACUAUUGGCUCCCUGUCCUUGUGAGGACUGGAAACCUUCCUGUCCAGUUCCAAACAGAACAAUGAUGGUAAGGACCACACUUUCUUUGAAAUAGACCAUCUGUCAUCUCAUCUCAACUUUCCCAAAGUUACUGUAUUCUACAUCACAUGCUGAGUUUUGAUCGCUCAAGAUAUUCAGCUGUGAGAUACCAGCUUUUGUCAGUGCAUUUCAUUUUUCCUUUUCAUUACAACCAUGGCAAAAUUGUUCCAUGUGUCUCAGAAGAAAUCCCAACAAAGAAUAGAAUUUGUACGUUGCUGUCAAUUAUGCACGUUAGCUUAUCAUAGAAUGACUUGGAUUGGAAGUGACCCCAAGGAUCACCACGUUCCAAUCCCCUGCCAACCACUGGAUCAAGUGCUAGACCAGGCUGCUCAGGGCUCCAUCCAAUCCAACCUGGUCCCUGGGGCAACCAGGUCUUCUCCUCAUCUGCCCAUUUAGCUUCCCUGAAGCAGGAAUUCAAGAGAAACUUGUGGAAUCGUCAUUCAUCAUUUUGUUUCAGUGUGAACAGUUUCUUCAUUGAGCUAAGUCCUAGUUGUACGCUGGAACGUGAAUAAAUUGGCAACCCCAACUGCAUGAUGUGAGGAGAACAACACAAUGGGAGAACAUCUGCUGUCCCAACAGUGACCUGGAAGGAAAUCUGACAGUGAGUACUGGGGAUCAGUAUGAGAAAAAUGCUGUGUUAGUGUCUGUUGUACACUUCAGGGGACUAACGAAGUUAUCUGCCAUCUCUCUGUGCUGUGGUCCUCACUCUUUUUUCUUUGUUUGCAAAUCCAGAUGUUGUUACGCUGAGGCUUGGCCAUGCAGCUUUCAGUGACUGAAUAGCUGUUAUUGCCUCUUGUCCUGAAAGAUGGAAUUUGUUAAAACUGAGGGCUCCUGUAUUGGAGAUGAAUACUAGAAAAAGCUUUCAAGCCUCUAUGGUGGAAAGCUGGGAAUUCUGCAGCUUGGUCCUUUGUGACUGACAGUCUGAGAUCCAGGCAGGGCAAGAAAAGUAAAUCAAAGCAACUUUAAUGAUUCUCUCAGAAUAGCACAAGUUAAAAGGACUCUCAGCCAUUAUCUGGAGGCUUACUGCGCUUUGUGGUACUGCUUGCAGAAUUAGAUUUAUAUCUGCUUGAGUGAACUGGGAGUCCCAUGGAGGGAUCACAGAAUCAUGGAAUCACUAAGGUUGGAAAAGACCUCCAAGAGCAUCCAG